UCGGAUCUGCCAUGUGCAGUAUUUCCUCAAGUGCUAUUGAGCUCAGAUUGCUUAGGGAUUAACCAGCAAAAACCGUCAAUUUUUUUGGGCAGUUUCGUUUGCCAAUUCUCUCUCCUAGGACGUAGCCUAGCUGGUUUGAUAAUUACCCAAAGGAACCUUAUAUUGCAGGCCGUCUUCGCUUGCGCAAAUCCGAUAAUCCCCCCUGUGUAGCACAGCGCGGUGGACCGCUUUCCCGUUGGAAGGGAGGCGCGGCGCGGCCAGAAAAGGUGGUGUGAUGCCCUGUUUCGCGGUGAUUUACCUUAAGCCGUCGCAAGAAGAAACAUCUGCUAAGCCACGUUUUACCCAUAGGUCGCCGGAUUCAUCCUGCGCAAUUUCUUUACGAGAUAUGUCAACUGUUUCCCCAGAAGACUCUGCCACGACCCCCAACAGCCCUUCGGCCGAAGCACUCCGAGCGAGCCUCGAACGAUGGAGAAAUUCGUACCGGAAUGAUGACCUGGACUGCUACCUCUUCGGUUCUGAAUGGCAUGAGUUCGAAAAGACAAAAUGGGCCGAGUACGAGCAACUCGAACUUUGCCGCCAACGCCUGUCGACCGCCCCUCUGCACUGGCAGGCCGGCAUGGAAGACGCUCGGAGACACAUGGACCUGUUGAGAAAGCGGAUAUACAGACCACUGGAGGGGAAACUUCUCAAAACCAGCCCACUGUACAUUCAGCUGGACCGCUACGUCAACAUGUAUUCUCCGGACAAGCCGUAUCCUUGGAACCUCAAAGAGUCCUGGAGCCUAAUGCUCUCGAGCUGGGUCAAAUUCCAGGAAUUACACGAUAACAACGACGCCUUCCGGUCCCUUCUAUCCCUUUGUCAGAGCAGCUCAUUUCGCCAUCUCCCUCUGGCCGAUGAUCAACCGGCGAUCCAUGCGGCCAAACUGGGCCGGCCGAGACGUCAAGCUCCGCGCCUCCGUCAGGGGCGCGUUCUACCCGAUGCCCAGCCAGCAGGGCGGGCCCGCGGUCCCGCCGCUAUCGGCGGAGGCGCUCAGCGAGAGCGCGACCAUCGAGGCCCGCCUGCGGCCGCCGCUGACGGCGGCGAACCUGAGGCGGCUCACCAACAUAAAGCUGAAGUGGGGGUCGUACCUCGACGAGCACCUGGUGCUGGUCCAGGGCACCGAACAAGCCCGGAGGUCUCGGCUGGGCACCGGAUCCAUCAGGACCUUGCUGCUCUUCAGCUACCACUGGUGGCUUAUAGAUGCGUACAACAUGGCCAAGGGGAGGCAGGGGCAGCCGGAGCCGGACGGGGGCCAGGACCCGGCGGCGCCGCCCGAGGAGGCCGCUGAUGGUGACACCAUGCAGGCGAAUGCCCCGGAACCAAAUACAGCACCGGCCACGAUACGGCCACGGCACAGACCACGGCCUGCCGCCGCCCCAGCCGUUGCCGAUGCUCAACCGGCCGAAGGGCCAGAGGCACACAUAGAGCUAGGGGACUUGCCUCAACGCGCGGCACCGGCGCCCAGUCCGGCCGCCGAGACGGCAGCUGUUGCUGUGAACCCGGCGAAUCCCGACUCCCCCGACAGUCACCCUCCACAGCCUGUCGCCCCAAGACCUCUGGGAACUGGUACCUUGUUCCCUGAGCAGAUCUUGAGUGCAGAAACCACCGCCACGGCUCCUCUGGCCCCUGGAGUGCCCGCCGUCGCUGUGGAUGAAACAGCCAAUAGGACUUACGCGCCUCGCGAGACACUGACAACUACUGUAAGCAUGCCUCCUCUCACGAGUACGCUGCAUGAAAGUCAAGCAGCCGACACCCAAGCGGCCGGCUCACCGCAGGAGGGACCCGCACCCACAACACCAAUAUCUCCCCCGGUCACCGGCGAUAGAGACGAGGAUAUCGCCGCAGAUGCCAUCAGCCAAGGGAACGCUGCCGCUGAUGGUGCCCAACCCGCCGCCCCCAUGGCCGCACCUCCCGUCCAGACCCAACAGCCCGCUGAUGGCUUGGGGAAAGCGCCAGAGAUACCGGCUACGACGCCAACGGCACCAACAACAGCAGGCAUACCGACAACGGCAGCAGCAGCGGCGACGACAACAACAACAGCGCCGGCAACAGCAGGUAGACAAACAACGACAGGGGCGACGCCGGCGGAAACACCGCCGCCCUUCUUCCCCAUGCCGCUCGAAGUGAUCGAGGAGACACUUAAAAGUCUCUACCUCCUCCUGCCUCCCGGCGACUACGACACGCAGCCCCUCCUGUCCAAAGAAACCCAGCUUGCAUUAUCAGACCGACGCGAUGCGGAUGACCACCCCGAGGACGUCGACUGGGAACCCCGGCGACGGCAGAAGCUCCGGUCCUUCACUUUCUACCACGACCGCCUGCUCGACCUGGCCUCCGAGUACCUGGACCCGCCGCGCAACUGGACCACCAUCUGGCGCGACAGCCGCAACACGGCGCAGUACUGGACCUUUUGGAUCGGGCUCGUCAUCUUCGUCGCCACCGUCGUGUUCGGGACCCUGGCGUCCGUUCUGGCGGGCGUCCAGCUCCACUAUGCACAGGGCCCUCCCAAGUAG